GCCCACAUUUGGCGGCUACCGGAAGAAGCCUGUAAGCGGACCGGAAGGAAGGACAGUGAGCUCGCGCGUUGUUCGCUUGGUUUCUCAGUGGGCGGUUGCAGCGUCGGAGGCCUCUGCCGAGCGUCAGCUGCUGCUCGCUGUGUUAGCACCGCGGGAGCCCCUUUCGGUGCCAGCUGGCGAGCGCGCGCCUAGCUCCACAAAUCCUUUGCGCGCUCCCCUUUCCCGUCGUUCCUGCGGCCUAGACUGCGUCUUGAAGCCUUUCACGAAGCGGGGAGUCGAAUCAUGUCGCGCAGGCGGCACAGCUACAAGAAUGAUGGAGGGCAGCCACACAAGAAGAGGAAAACAUCUGAGGUUGAAGAUCGGUUGGAAUCCUUAAUAUACAAAGUGGGAGAAAAGAAUACUUUUUCUUUGGAGAGCAACUUGGAAGACCUGGCUCGGGUCUUGGAGGCAGAUCUACCAAACUACAAAAGCAAGAUACUAAGACUCCUUUGUACAGCUGCGCGUUUGUUACCAGAAAAGCUGACAGUUUACACCACUCUAGUUGGCUUGCUGAAUGCAAGGAACUACAAUUUUGGCGGAGAGUUUGUAGAAGCCAUGAUACGUCAGCUCAAAGAGUGCUUGAAAGUCAACAUGUAUUAUGAAGCUGUGUUUUUAGUCCGUUUUCUGUCCGAUCUUGUGAAUUGUCACGUAAUAGCUGCACCUUCAAUGGUAGCCAUGUUUGAGAAUUUUGUUGGUGUGACUCAGGAGGAAGAUGUACCACAGGUGCGGUGUGACUGGUAUGUGUAUGCUUUUCUGUCAUCCUUACCUUGGGUGGGGAAGGAGUUGUAUGAGAAGAAGGAUGCUGAGAUGGAGCGCAUCUUGUCCCAGGUUGAAAACUACUUGAAACGGCGUCAGAAGAUUCAUGUACCCAUGUUACAAGUUUGGUCUGCUGAUAAACCACAUCCACAAGAAGAGUACUUGGAUUGCCUUUGGGCUCAGGGUCAGAAGCUGAAAAAAGAUUGCUGGCAAGAAAGGCAUAUCCCAAGACCAUACCUUGCUUUUGAUAAUGUGCUGUGUGAAGCACUUCAGCACAACCUGCCUCCCUUUACUCCUCCACCUCACACUGAAGAUUCAGUUUACCCAGUGCCAAGAGUUAUCUUCAGAAUGUUUGACUACACCGAUGAUCCUGAGGGUCCUGUUAUGCCUGGCAGCCAUUCCGCUGAAAGAUUUGUGAUAGAAGAAAAUCUUCACUGCAUCAUCAAAUCACACUGGAAGGAGAGGAAGAACUGUGCUGCCCAGCUACUGAGCUACCCGGGGAAUAACAAGAUACCUCUGAACUAUCAUAUAGUUGAGGUAAUCUUUGCUGAGCUAUUUCAGCUUCCUGUUCCACCACACACUGAAGUCAUGUACACUACGCUUCUUAUAGAACUUUGUAAACUUCAACCUGGCUCUUUACCCCAAGUUCUUGCACAAGCCACAGAAAUGCUGUACAUGCGUCUGGAUACAAUGAAUACUACUUGUGUAGACAGGUUCAUUAAUUGGUUUUCCCACCAUUUGAGUAAUUUUCAAUUCCGUUGGAGUUGGGAGGAUUGGUCAGACUGUCUUUCUGAGGAUCUUGACAAGCCCAGACCUAAAUUUGUAAGAGAAGUUUUGGAAAAAUGCAUGAGGCUUUCCUACCAUCAGUGUAUAGUAGAUAUUGUUCCUGCUACUUUUUCAGUCCUAACUCCUGCAAAUCCAGCAUGUAUUUAUAAAUAUGGAGAUGAAAGUAACAAGUCUCUUCCAGGAUACAAUGUUGCACUUUGCUUAAACAUUGCCAUUAAAAAUAAAGCAAGCAUUGACGAAAUCUUCACUAUUCUGAAGGAUGUGCCCAAUCCUAAUCAGGAUGAUGAUGAUGAUGAAGGCUUCUCCUUCAAUCCUUUAAAAAUAGAGGUAUUUGUCCAGACACUGCUGCAUUUGGCUGCUAAAUCAUUCAGUCACUCCUUCAGUGCUCUGGGAAAAUUUCGUGAAGUCUUCAAAACUCUGGCAGAAAGUGAUGAAGGAAAGCUCCAUGUCCUCAGAGUUAUGUAUGAAGUAUGGAAGAAUCAUCCACAGAUGAUUGCUGUGCUGGUAGAUAAGAUGAUUCGCACACGGAUUGUGGACUGCGCUGCAGUAGCAAACUGGAUUUUCUCUUCAGAGCUGGCUCAUGAUUUUACUAGGUUUUAUAUCUGGGAAAUCUUGCACUCAACAAUUCGUAAGAUGAACAAACAUGUGGUGAUGAUCCAAAAGGAGCUUGAAGAGGCCAAAGCAAGAUUAGCCAAGCAGCACAAACGUCGAGACAGUGAUGAUGAUCGAAGCAGUGACAGGGAAGAUGGGCCGCUGGAAGAGCAAAUAGAACGCCUGCAAGAAAAAGUUGAAUCGGCUCAGAGUGAACAGAAAAACCUCUUCCUUGUAAUAUUCCAGCGUUUCAUAAUGAUCCUUACAGAGCACCUAGUGCGAUGUGAAACAGGAGGGAUUGAUGUAAUUACACCUUGGUACAAGAACUGUAUAGAGAGGCUGCAGCAGAUCUUCUUACGGCAUCAUCAGAUCAUCCAUCAGUACAUGGUGACCUUGGAGAACCUUCUGUUCACAGCAGAAUUGGAUCAUCACAUAUUGGCUGUAUUUCAGCAAUUUUGUGCCCUGCAAGCCUGAGAGACUUUUUUUUGUACAAGACUUAAAUGACUUCAUCUUUUUAAACAAAAAUGGGGAAAUUGACAAGGGAGGAGAAGGAAUAAACUUUUAAUUUGAAAAUGUGCUUACUGUGCUGUCCUAGAUAAGUUGCACAGCACUCAAAUGGGGCAACUGUUUUAGCAAUAGAGGCCUUACGCUAGUUAUGACUGCUAGGUGAUUGGGAAGGAAUAAUGUGUGGAUUUCUAAAUUUGAAAUGGUUUGAAUGCUGGCUUCUUCAUAGCAUUUGUUUUGUCCCUUCUAUUGCUUGUAUAAAAAUAAAAAAUAGGGAAUAAUAGAAUCAGUUAUCUUUGCUUGGCCCUUGCAUAAGAUUAAAUUCCCUUGUUAUAAUAAUGUGAAGUAGUCUCAAGCCUUGUGAAUCUGACUGAAGAGCAGCUUUCUGGUGAGUAACAUUAAACUGCCCAAGGAACAUAAGCAUAGGACAUGUGAAAUGCUAAAAAGGUCAAGCCUUCAGAGUAGCCUAGAGUAUAUGUUUGUUAUCAAAACUAAUUUUCAUGGUGGUAUGAAACAUGGUUGAAAUACAAUCAAAAUAUGUUUUUUAAA